AUGGCCACUCUUGCGCCGCCCGUGACGCAGAAUUCGACUGGCUCAAAGGGGCCAACGGCUAUGGUCUUUAUGAAUAUGGGGGGCCCAUCAACAACAGAUGAGGUGGGAGACUUUCUAAGCAGAUUAUUUGCUGAUGGGGAUCUUAUACCUCUUGGACGAUUACAAUCGUAUAUUGGACCACUUAUAUCCAGAAGAAGGACGCCGAAAAUUCAGAAACAAUAUGCUGCCAUUGGUGGUGGCUCGCCCAUUAGAAAGUGGUCAGAGUUGCAGUCCUCGGAAAUGUGCAAGAUUCUAGAUCAGACAUCUCCGGAAACCGCUCCCCAUAAACCGUACGUGGCGUUUCGAUAUGCGAAUCCGUUGACGGAAGAGAUGUAUGAAAGACUACUAGCGGAUGGCUUUGGUGGUGGAAAGGGAGGUAGAGCCGUGGCCUUUACUCAGUACCCGCAGUACUCCUGCUCAACCACUGGCAGUUCGUUAAAUGAAUUAUGGAAAUGGAGAAACAGACUUGAGGGCAAGAGGGCUACGGGCGAGACACAACCAGACGGGGCAAUCACAUGGAGUGUCAUUGAUCGAUGGCCAGCGCAUCCUGGUCUGAUUGAGGCUAUAGCCAAGAACAUCGAAGACCAACUCGUCACUUACCCAAUGGCCAAAAGGAAAGAUGUAGUACUGUUAUUCUCGGCGCAUAGCCUGCCUAUGAGCGUCGUUAACCGAGGAGAUCCAUACCCGGCCGAGGUCGCAGCCACUGUCUAUGCGGUGAUGCAAAGGUUGGGAUUUUCAAAUCCAUAUCGAUUGUGCUGGCAGUCACAGGUUGGCCCAUCAGCAUGGCUGGGUGCACAAACAAGUGAUACUGUUCGGGAGUACGUCAAGCGUGGACAGACAGACCUGGUGAUAAUACCGGUCGCGUUCACCAGUGACCAUAUCGAAACACUGUACGAGAUUGAUCAAGAAGUUAUGCACGAAGAUGCCAAGGGUUAUCCAGGAGUGAAACGGGCAGCAAGCUUGAACGAUAGUCCUAUAUUCAUCCAAGCUCUGGCAGAUCUUGCGCGCGAUCAUCUCCAGAGCGGUGAAAGCUGCUCGAGGCAGAUGGCCCUACGCUGUCAAGGAUGCACCAGUGAAAGGUGUUUGGAGCAGAAAAAGUUCUUCGUGGGCCAGAGCAACCUAUUAUCAGUACUAUAG